CGAAAAAGUAAAUCAAAAGAGCAAAAAAUAAAACAAUUAUUCCAUAUUUUUGUGUGGAUGUCCUCACGGGAGCUCCCAGUAUCUUACCUCUCCCUUCCCGAUCCACCAAUCGCUCCCCCCUCUCUUCUUCUUCGUCCUCAACUGUUUUGAUCUCCUAAGCUCUAUUUAUCCAUAUCUCUCUUUACUCAUCCCAUUCUAAAAGUUUCUAUAUCUGUAUAUUUAUGUAUGUUCGUCUGUAUAGAUUGUAUGUGUUUUAUAAGUAUAGGCUGAGCUGUUUAAAGUUUAUGUAAUUAUCAUUGUACUCAGUCAGUGUAUGGAAUUGUAAGCUUAGAGGGUUUUUCGAGGGUUUUUGUGGUUUAGUGUGUUAUACGAUCUAUUUGGAGAUUUCUGGCAUGGAAUUGGGUUAUUAGCUUGGACUCGAGACUUGGGAUCGGAUUAAGCAUGGUGGGAGCAGAAUACAACUGCGGGCCUACCUACUUGCAAAAAUUCAGGCUCUAUGAGACGCGCUCGAACUUUUAUAUGAUUGGGCGGGAUAAGACCCGAACAUGCUGGAGAGUUUUAAAGAUUGACAGAUUAGAGCCAUCAGAGCUAACUAUUCAUGAAGAUUCUACAACAUAUUCCGAAGUUGAAUGCUAUGAACUCCUGAAAAGAAUACAUGAAGGAAACAGGGCAACUGGCGGACUUAAAUUUUAUACCACUUGCUAUGGAAUUGUUGGUUUUGUAAAAUUUUUGGGGCCCUAUUACAUGCUGCUAAUCACAAAAAGAAGGAAGAUCGGUACUAUAUGCGGUCAUGCCGUGUAUGCCAUUACAAAGAGCGAGAUGAUCCCAAUUCCUACAUCUACAGUGCUAUCCAAUAUGGCUUUUUCUAAAAAUGAGAACAGGUACAAGAAACUAUUACGCACAGUGGACCUCACAAAGGACUUCUUUUUCAGCUAUUCAUAUCUUAUUAUGCUUAGUCUUCAGAAAAACUUAAGCAAUCAUGAAUCGGAACUUGUUCUUUAUGAAACAAUGUUCGUAUGGAAUGAGUUCUUGACUCGUGGGAUCCGCAAUCAGCUCAGGAAUACUAUGUGGACUGUGGCUUUAGUUUAUGGAUUCUUUAAAGAGGCCAAACUUCCAAUUUGUGAGAAAAACUUCAAGUUGAUCCUUAUUGCGAGACGAUCUCGUCACUAUGCCGGAACUAGAUAUUUGAAGAGAGGUGUAAAUGAGAAGGGUAGAGUAGCCAAUGAUGUGGAGACAGAACAAAUUGUGGUCGAAGAUGUUCCUGAAGGGUGUCCAGUACACAUUAGCUCUGUUGUGCAGAACCGUGGGUCAAUACCUCUUUUCUGGUCACAGGAAACUUCAAGACUGAAUAUUAAGCCUGAUAUUAUAUUGUCAAGGAAGGACCCUAUGUAUGAAGCUACCCAGCUUCACUUUGAGAACCUAGUCAAGAGAUAUGGAAAUCCAAUUAUCAUAUUGAAUCUUAUCAAGACCCGUGAGAAGAAGCCCAGAGAAUCUAUUUUGCGUGCAGAAUUUGCUAAUGCUAUUGAUUGUAUCAAUAAAAAGCUCUCCGAGGAAAACCAUUUGAAGUUUCUUCACUGGGACCUAAAUAAAUUCACAAAAAACAAAGCUACAAAUGUAUUGAUGGCUUUAGGCAAGGUGGCUGCUAAUGCAUUGGAAUUAACUGGCUUCUUUUACUGUCAUGUAAAUCCAUCUUCAAGGACAGCAGAAUUGUUGAAUUUCCCAUAUGCAAGUAACAAGUGCAAACAAGACGGCUCCGAGGAAGAUCUUCAUAAUGUUGCUGUGAACACUCAUUGUGUUGAAAGUGGACUAAACUACAAUAAAGACGAUUCACAUGGAAUUCUAUCCACCAAGUGCCCAAACUUCCAAAGAGGGGUCCUAAGAACAAACUGCAUUGACUGUCUAGAUCGUACCAAUGUUGCUCAAUUUGUAUAUGGGCUUGUUGCUAUGGGCCAUCAACUGCAUGCUUUGGGCUUUAUAGAUGUGGAAAAUAUAGAUUUGGAUUCUCCUUUGGCAGAUGCUUUAAUGAAGAUAUAUGAAUCAAUGGGAGACACUCUUGCGCUACAGUAUGGUGGAUCAGCUGCACACAACAAGAUAUUUUCUGAAAGAAGAGGUCAGUGGAAAGCGGCAACACAGUCACAAGAGUUUUUUAGGACACUUCAGCGGUACUAUAGUAAUGCUUAUAUGGACGCUGAGAAACAAGCUGCCAUUAAUGUGUUCUUGGGGCAUUUCCAGCCACAUGAGGGUAAACCAGCAUUAUGGGAAUUGGACUCUGAUCAGCAUUAUAGUGCUGGAAAGCACGGUGUAUCUAUUCACAAAAUCAGGUCAAGAAUCAAAAGGUCAUUCUCAGAUGGAAAUAUUAUCUGUCCAAGUGACUUGCCUGUUGAAGAUAACAAUAUUGAACAGAGAGAAGUUUGUGAGCCUCCAUUGCCUAGUAAAAAGCAAGUCAAUGAUAGUGCAGUGCCAGAGUUUACACCAGAAACCUCAACUUGUGAAAGCACUAUGUCAUAUUCCAGGUACACCCCCACUAUGUCUGGUAGGGUACUUUUUGCUGAAACCCAACAUGAGCAGGCACUUGAACGUGGAGAUUCCAAUUUCUCGAACUUUGUAGAUGUUGAAUGGCUUUCUUCAUCUGGUAAUUCAUGUGAAGAAGAGACAUAUGAAAGAUCUUUAAUCAUUGGUUCUCCAUCAAGUGGCCAGUCAUUGGAUGGCAUUGCAUGUGUAUCAAAAGCAGAAACAUGCCUUUCAGCUUAUGAUUCUGGGCUUAGCCUUAAGACUAAUGGAGAUUGCAUACAUUAUGACGUGGCGCAAGAAAACCUACCACUGGGUGAAUUUUCUGAAAAAUUUGUGCACUGGGUUACGUUUGGAGACAUGCUUUUCCCUUGAAGUUGAAGUUGGAUGGAUUCCAUACAGGUUACAUUCGUGUAAUAUCAUAACAAUUCGGUCAACCCGUCCGAAGGAUGUGGUUUACUCACAGUAAUAAAACUUACCGGCUAUCAGGGUUUUAGAAAAGGCGAGAAAAAUGCUUUGUGAUUUUGGUUAUAGUCAAAUAGGCCAAAGGAAACACCACUGUAAAUAUUAUUUACUUCAUAUUCUUUCUGGGACCAUGUUCCAAUACUUAAUAUUACAGAUCUUGUACAUAGACGAGUUCUUUGAUGAUAAACUACCAUUUCGGCUUUCAUUUCUUCUCCAGUGUAAACUGAUAGUAUUACGCAUUGUGGUCAGUUG